CCAGCCUUGGGAUUCAUACCCGCCGAGUAUCCCCCGGCUUCAGCUGCUCUGACCAACUUCGUUGCUUUGACUUUCGAAGUACUGCGUGUAGGAGUUGCUUUAUCGGGCCAUGCUCUUGGUUGCGAUCUUGCCUUUCAUCCCGCUAGCUGACACAGGAACUAGAUUUCCCUCACUGAAUUGCGGUUAAGUUCUGGAUCGUGCCCAUACUAACCAAGAUGACUCCAGCAAUGUCUUACGUGCUUCUUGUCUUCGGAGUGGCCAUUCUGCCAGCAGUGAACGGACAGUGCAUCAAUGUUACACUUCCCAACAUCCUCAACUUGGGAGAGUGCCUUGGAGAUACGCUGAGAGCCUGUCCUGACACGUCGGCGGGCCUGAUUCCAGACCUUUCUCGUGUCCUUGGGUGUGUGCUCCAGAUUUUGCCUCAGGUCGCAAGCCCCGUUUCCUUGCUCUUCAACGUCGUCGGUCUCCUCGAAGCAGUUCUGUCUAGACUGGGCCUGUCCGCUGACAUCGGCGGUCUCGCGAACAUCCUCUGCAAUCCCCUCGGAAUUCCACUGUUCAGCUGCGGCACGUUCAGUCCAGGAAACAUCGCCUGUCAAGAACCUCUGCAGAUCAGCCUGCCCAGCGUCUUCAACGUGGGAGCGUGUCUGAACCGGACUCUGUUGUUCUGCGAAGCCGGAUCAACAAUUUCGGACCCCAUCCUGAGGGAACUGUUGCAAGCAGUCGGAUGCAUUUUGAGCGUGACCCCGGAUGGUCUGCAACUGGGCCUCGUCUCGAGCCUGGUGUGCCCCCUGGUGGACAUCCUCAAUUCAUCCCUGAACGAGUUCACAUCGCUGCUGCCGUUCCGAUUCCUCACGCGAGGAAUCACCAAUGCCGUCCGCUCGCUCACCAACAAUCUGCUCGGGGCCGUCGGUAACUGUUAACUAACUUUCUUAUGAACGCUGCUGGCAAUGACUAACACUCAAGAUCCAACUAUGGCUGGGUUGAGCCUGGCUGCCGGAAACAGGAAGUGAAUCAGGCAGACGUUGACGUCAUUUACGGGGCCAGACAGGAGCUGCCGCAGUCGUCCACUAGACCUGACACGGCAGUCAUCGCCACGAGAACAGCCAGCAGCCAUGAUGUCCCGUUCGAAACACGGCUUCUUGGAGGUGCAUCACGUCAAAGAAAUAAGAAACAGUAAUCUUGACUGAAAA